ACCUGCAGGGGCUACAACUAUCAAUCACCACCACAACCACCACACCAUCGCCGAUCCUCAUCGAUCACUCACGACCAUCCCCUUCACUCACCGCCGCCAUCACCACCACUAAAAGUACCUUGAUCACCAUGGAGUCGAACUCGUCAUCGUUAAAGUCUGGCCCGGACAUUCUCAUCUUGAUCGCCGGCCUGCUGCGUGAGCCGGCCGGCACGCGGCCGCUCGUCUUCGCCGUCGUCCUCCUCUUCUACUCCGUGGCGCUCGUCGGCAACCUGCUGCUGUGCGCCGCCAUCUACCGCGACGUGCGCCUCCACAGGCCCAUGUUCAUCCUGCUCGCCAACCUGGCCAUCAGCGACAUCGUCGGCUGCUCCGCCACGCUGCCGCGCAUCAUGCGCGACCUGGCGGCGCCCAACCUCAUCACGGUGGGCGAGUGCGUCGCCCAGACGAUCGCCAUCCACUUCUACCGCGCGCUCGAGUGCUUCGUGCUCUCCGCGAUGGCGCUCGACCGCUACGCGGCCAUCUGCAGGCCGCUGCGCUACCACGGCGUGGCGACCAACGGUCGGGCCCUCGCCCUGCGGCUGGAGCUGAGCGAGUGCCCCGUGGCCAAGGCCAUCCCGUCGGCCUACUGCGACAUCAUGGGCCUCGUGCGCAUCUCGUGCAGCGACGGCAGCGCCAACAACGCGUACGCCGUCGCGGUCGCCGCGGUGACCGUGGGUGGGUCGCUCGCCGUCGUGACCUUCUCCUACGCGAGCAUCAUCUACGAGUGCCUCGUCAAGCGGAGCCGAGUCCGCGACUCGACCCCUCGCGCCGCCUUGACCUCCGCGGGCGGCCAGAAAGCCUCGACGCUCACGGCCGGCUCGACAUCGGUCAAUCCUGUCGCCGCCGGCGGCGUCGCUACCGGCUCCGGCUCCGCCACGAAUCGCGACAAGGCGGUACGCACGUGCGUCACACACAUGCUGGUGCUCACCGUCUUCUACGCUCCGCUGCUCUUCGUCAUCAUCUACAACCGCAUCGACAAGCUCUUCCCGAUGCCCGACACGACCCGCUCGGCCCUCACGUGCCUCUUCUACACGGCGCCGCCCGCACUCAACCCCGUCAUCUACGGCCUGCGCACGGGCGCCAUUAGGCGCGCCGUGGUCGCGAUGGUGCCGCGUCACCGGCGCGCGAAGGGGGCCCAGAGCUCCACCUUGAGUCUGAUCCCGAGAUCUGUGUAA